GCGGCGGUGGCGGUGGCGGCGGCAACGGCAGCUUGCAGCCUCUCUGGAGAGACGGAGGCUGGGCUGGGGUUACAGUCCAAAGUUUUCCCACGAGGAUUUGCCCACCCCACCUCCUCUCUGGAUACGUCCUCGCCUUGUCCUCGUUGCCAGGACGCCUGCAGGUGGUGGGACAGAAAACACCGAGGCAUAAGAUGAAGCUGUGACAGCUUUCUGAAAGGAGGGUAUUAUCGUCCAUCUUUUACAGAUGGGGAAGCUGAGACCUAGAGGGGUAACUUUUUCAAGAUUGCAUAGAAGAGUCAGGAUUUGAAUAUAGUUCUUCUGACUGUUUGAAAGCACAAUGGCAGGAAACAGCCUUGUUCUACCCAUUGUUCUUUGGGGUCGCAAAGCACCAACCCACUGCAUCUCAGCAGUACUUUUAACAGAUGAUGGGGCCACGAUCGUGACUGGAUGCCAUGAUGGGCAAAUAUGUCUCUGGGAUCUUUCAGUAGACUUGGAAGUUAAUCCUCGAGCACUGUUGUUUGGUCACACAGCUUCAAUCACCUGUUUAUCUAAAGCUUGUGCUUCUAGUGACAAACAGUAUAUUGUGAGCGCAUCCGAGAGUGGAGAGAUGUGCCUCUGGGACGUGAAUGACGGCAGAUGUAUUGAAUUUACAAAAUUAGCUUGCACACACACUGGCAUACAGUUCUACCAGUUCUCUGUUGGAAAUCAGAGAGAAGGAAGGCUUCUGUGCCAUGGCCAUUAUCCUGAAAUCCUCGUGGUGGAUGCCACCAGCCUUGAGGUGUUGUACUCCUUAGUAUCAAAGAUCUCUCCAGAUUGGAUUAGCUCCAUGAGUAUUAUUCGAUCCCAUCGAACACAAGAGGACACUGUGGUGGCGCUCUCAGUGACGGGCAUCUUGAAGGUGUGGAUUGUUACCUCGGAAAUUAGUGGCCUGCAGGAUACUGAGCCAAUAUUUGAAGAGGAGUCCAAACCAAUUUAUUGUCAGAAUUGCCAAAGCAUCUCUUUUUGUGCAUUCACACAGAGGUCGCUUCUGGUUGUGUGCUCCAAGUAUUGGAGGGUAUUUGAUGCUGGGGACUACUCCCUGUUGUGCUCAGGUCCGAGUGAAAAUGGACAGACGUGGACUGGAGGUGACUUUGUCUCGGCAGAUAAAGUCAUCAUUUGGACUGAAAAUGGGCAAAGUUAUAUUUACAAACUACCUGCCAGUUGCCUUCCAGCUAGUGAUUCAUUCCGCAGUGAUGUGGGGAAAGCAGUUGAAAAUUUAGUUCCUCCGGUACAACAUAGCCUCUUGGAUCGAACAGAUAAAGAGUUGCUAAUUUGUCCUCCUGUUACUCGGUUCUUCUAUGGAUGUAAGGAAUACUUCCACAAACUAUUGAUUCAGGGUGAUUCUUCUGGAAGAUUGAAUAUUUGGAACAUAUCAGACACACCUGAUAAACAGGAAGAGCUGGAAAUGACAACUUCUGUUAGUUUGCAAGAGGCAUUUGAUAAACUGAAUCCUUGUCCUGCCGGAAUUAUAGAUCAGCUGAGUGUCAUUCCCAAUAGUAAUGAACCUCUGAAGGUGACCGCAAGUGUGUACAUACCAGCCCACGGGCGACUCGUUUGUGGCCGUGAAGAUGGAAGCAUCGUUAUUGUACCUGCCACGCAGACAGCCAUAGUGCAACUGCUGCAAGGGGAGCACAUGCUCCGCAGAGGUUGGCCACCUCACAGGACACUCCGUGGUCAUCGGAACAAAGUCACAUGUUUGUUGUAUCCGCAUCAGGUCUCAGCUCGUUAUGAUCAAAGAUAUCUGAUAUCUGGAGGCGUGGAUUUUUCGGUCAUAAUUUGGGACAUUUUUUCUGGAGAAAUGAAACACAUCUUCUGUGUCCAUGGUGGCGAGAUUACUCAGCUUCUGGUUCCACCUGAAAACUGCAGUGCAAGAGUGCAGCACUGCAUCUGCUCUGUAGCCAGUGACCACUCGGUAGGACUUCUAAGUUUGCGAGAGAAAAAAUGCAUUAUGCUGGCAUCUCGUCAUCUUUUCCCCAUUCAAGUAAUCAAGUGGAGGCCUUCUGACGAUUACCUAGUAGUGGGAUGUUCAGACGGCUCCGUGUAUGUCUGGCAAAUGGAUACCGGUGCACUGGACCGGUGUGUGAUGGGGAUCACAGCAGUAGAGAUACUGAAUGCUUGUGAUGAAGCAGCUCCCGCUGCCGUUGACUCACUUAGUCACCCAGCAGUCAACUUAAAACAAGCUAUGACACGACGCAGUCUUGCUGCUCUUAAAAACAUGGCCCAUCAUAAGCUACAAACUCUUGCGACUAACCUCUUGGCUUCUGAGGCAUCUGACAAAGGAAAUUUACCUAAAUAUUCUCAUAACUCCCUGAUGGUUCAAGCAAUAAAGACAAACCUAACAGACCCGGACAUACAUGUGCUUUUCUUUGAUGUGGAAGCGUUGAUUAUUCAGCUCCUGACUGAAGAAGCCUCUAGGCCGAAUACUGCGCUUAUUUCCCCAGAGAAUCUGCAAAAAGCAUCUGGCGGUUCAGACAAAGGGGGCUCUUUUCUAACUGGAAAACGAGCAGCAGUUCUCUUCCAACAAGUGAAAGAAACUAUCAAAGAGAACAUAAAGGAACAUCUCCUUGAUGAUGAAGAGGAGGAUGAGGAGAUAAUGAGACAGAGGCGGGAAGAAGGUGAUCCCGAAUAUCGGGCCAGCAAAUCUAAGCCACUGACCCUGUUAGAGUAUAAUCUGACUAUGGACACAGCAAAAUUGUUCAUGUCCUGCCUUCAUGCCUGGGGUUUGAAUGAUGUUCUGGAUGAAGUCUGUCUUGAUCGCCUUGGAAUGCUGAAACCCCACUGCACAGUAUCGUUCGGCCUCUUAUCGAGAGGGGGUCAUAUGUCACUGAUGCUUCCUGGUUAUAAUCAGGCUGCUUGUAAACUAUCACAUGGGAAAGCAGAAGUAGGAAGAAAGCUGCUGGCGACGGAGGGAGUAGGAAAGGGAACUUACGGAGUGUCCCGGGCCGUCACCACACAGCAUCUCCUGUCUAUCAUAUCUUUGGCAAAUACCUUAAUGAGUAUGACCAAUGCAACUUUUAUUGGUGAUCAUAUGAAGAAGGGCCCUACCAGGCCACCUAGACCAGGCACCCCAGACCUUUCUAAGGCAAGGGGUUCUCCUCCAACUUCCAGUAAUAUUGUGCAAGGACAGAUUAAACAAGGAUGGAGUCAGUUGGCUGCUAUGCAUUGUGUUAUGCUGCCAGACCUGCUGGGAUUGGACAAAUUUAGGCCCCCGCUUCUAGAGAUGCUGGCUCGGAGAUGGCAAGAUCGAUGCUUGGAGGUCAGAGAAGCCGCACAGGCCCUGCUUCUAGCAGAACUGAGAAGAAUAGAGCAGGCAGGACGGAAGGAGGCCAUUGAUACCUGGGCUCCGUACUUACCUCAGUACAUGGACCACGUCAUGUCACCUGGGGUCUCAGCAGAAGCCAUGCAGACUAUUACCACUGCUCCUGAUGCCUCAGGGCCAGAAGCCAAAGUCCAAGAGGAAGAGCACGACCUUGUGGAUGAUGACAUCACCACUGGUUGCUUAUCAAGUGUCCCACAGAUGAAAAAAAUUUCCACAUCUUAUGAGGAAAGACGAAAGCAAGCUACUGCUAUUGUUUUACUAGGAGUAAUAGGAGCUGAAUUUGGUGCAGAAAUUGAACCUCCUAAACUGCUGACCAGACCUCGAAGCUCUAGUCAAAUUCCUGAGGGAUUUGGUUUGACUAGUGGUGGAUCCAACUACUCACUGGCCAGACAUACUUGUAAGGCACUGACAUUUCUUCUGCUGCAGCCACCAAGCCCCAAACUUCCUCCACACAGUACGAUCCGAAGAACAGCCAUUGAUCUGAUUGGACGUGGUUUCACAGUUUGGGAGCCUUACAUGGAUGUGUCUGCUGUCCUGAUGGGGCUUCUUGAACUUUGUGCUGAUGCCGAGAAACAACUUGCCAACAUCACAAUGGGGCUGCCUCUGAGCCCUGCAGCUGACUCUGCCCGCUCCUCGAGGCAUGCCCUGUCUCUCAUUGCCACGGCCAGACCACCCGCCUUCAUCACGACUAUAGCCAAAGAGGUGCACAGACAUACUGCUCUUGCAGCAAAUACCCAAUCCCAGCAGAACAUGCACACCACAACUCUUGCCCGAGCUAAAGGGGAAAUUCUGAGAGUCAUUGAAAUUCUUAUUGAAAAGAUGCCCACGGAUGUUGUGGAUCUUCUCGUGGAGGUUAUGGACAUCAUUAUGUACUGCCUUGAAGGAUCUUUAGUUAAAAAGAAAGGUCUUCAGGAAUGUUUCCCAGCCAUCUGCAGGUUCUACAUGGUCAGCUAUUAUGAGCGGAAUCACAGAAUAGCAGUUGGAGCUCGCCAUGGUUCAGUGGCCCUGUACGACAUCCGGACUGGAAAGUGUCAGACAAUCCAUGGUCACAAGGGACCCAUCACUGCCGUGGCCUUUGCUCCUGAUGGACGAUAUCUUGCCACCUACUCAAACACAGACAGCCACAUUUCCUUCUGGCAGAUGAACACCUCCCUGUUGGGGAGCAUCGGCAUGCUGAACUCGGCGCCCCAGCUGCGCUGUAUUAAGACCUACCAGGUGCCCCCCGUGCAGCCGGCGUCCCCCGGCUCCCACAAUGCCCUCAGGCUGGCCCGGCUCAUCUGGACCUCCAACCGCAACGUCAUCCUCAUGGCCCACGACGGCAAGGAGCACCGCUUCAUGGUCUAGGGCUCGUGUCUGCGUCCCCGUUCUCCCAGGUCUCCAAGCCCAGAGUCCCGUCCUUCCUCAGUGCCCACCCCCGCCGGGGUCAUGGGGGGCACAGCCGGGUCUGUGUCCCUUCGCAUGGUCCCCGGGGGCAGACUCCUGCUCGUGCCACCUAUUGACUGAGGCAUGCACACAUCGCUCCGCAGGAAGUGGCCGUCCGGUCCCCAGGUCGUUUCUCACCGCCGCAGAGGGAGGGGCAGCCAGCAGUCCCGUUGCUCGGUGCACCAGAAGCCCGGAAAUCAAUAACCACUGUGAUUGCACUGCCAGCCCGGAUCAGCAGUUUCUUCACGCUAAAGCCCACCUCUGAAUACUGUUGGAAGCUGGUUGUUCUGACAUUGGGUUUUGAGGUCAUGUGGCAGUCCUAAUUAUUGAUACCGUUUUCCUUUGGAUUUCCUAAAACGUGCUAUUGUUUACCAGAAAGAUUCUGUGUUUACGUGGGGUUUUUUCCUCCGGGAGAUUGCUAGGCAAUUACUCAAUCCAAUUUCCUAGGGUUUAGCCACUACCUUCUUUAUUAACACCUAACCGAUUGGAGAUUAAUGAGAAAAUACACACACACACAAAUUUUCCUUGUGGAGACUGCAGUUUCCCAGACACCUAGCCUUCUAAAAUGCUCAUAUCCCGCUUAAGUGAUACUGUAUUUAGUAGCUCAAAAUCAAAAUGAUCACUACUUAUGAUCUAGUUAAUAUAAUUAUCCAGUCACUAUAAUCUCUUAAAUGGACUUUUGUAAUAAAGAACCAAAUUUGAAAGUAUAGCGUAUACCUGAAAAGAAGAUUCCUUGGCUACAGAUCUUUUUAAGAAAGAGCUUACCCCUUCCUUCCAGAAACUUCACAGACCUGCAGUUCCCAUAAGUCAGCUAUCAUGUAAUAGUUACAAUUCAGCCUUCAAACUACUACUGAUCAGUUAAAGGAAAGCUAAGACAGCAUUUCUUUGAAACAAGUAUCCUAGAAAGUUAUUAACUACGGCACAAGCAUUCAGGAGCAUGCAGUCAUCCUCAGUAUCCGCGGAGGAUUGGUUCCGGGACCCCCGAGGGUACCAAAAUUCACAUAUACUCAAGUCCCUGAUAUAAAAUGUCAGAGUACACGGAGGGCUGACCGUGUGUACAAAUGUGGAUGCUCUCAGUCUUUCCGAAUCUACCCGAACGUUGCAGUAGGGUGUUCAUCACACUUCCAAGUAAGCUUUAACUCGGUCAUUUUCUUCUCCUUAUGUCAGAUUAUGCUGGUUCUUCCUCACAAUAAUGGAAAAAAAAAUCUGUAAAAUAAUAUUUUGGAUGACUCGCUCCUAAUAAACCUUGGUCUGUAUAUAGUUGGGGAUUUGGUUGGUUGGUUGGUUGUUGAUUGGUCGGUUAAUUGGGCAAAAUGGUUUAUUAAAUACAAAAAUAGAAAAUGAUUUAUUAAAUUCAGAAAAAAUACGUGAAGUUUACAAAGCAACCAAAAUGAUAACGGGAGUGUCUAAUUUAAAAAGCAUAGAUUGUCAGCGUUUAUAUAAUAUACAAAAAAAGUAGGAUCACAGUCCAGGAACAAAUACAUCUGUUAUUUUAUUGAAACAGAUUUCUAAAGAACAUGUUAGGAAAUUAAGACCACUAGAACAUCUCUUUCAUGUCGACAUGAAGUCUGUCAUUUCUAGUGAUGGCAAACCCAUCCUAUACCUUGGUUUUAGACUUUAGGUAUUCUUAAAGAGUGAAUUUAUGCCAUAUGCAUGUGCAGCGUAUGUAUAAAGAUUAUGUAUGUAGCUUCCCAGGAAGAAACUCAGAACUAUACAGCGUAGACUUGCUUGUUUGGUGAACAUGCUGUUGUGCCCGAUAUAGAUAGAGAAACCUGAGGAGAACGAGGUGCUCUCGGUUUUUCCAGUGGUUCCCCGAGUCUUCAGUGCGAGUACCUGGCACGUGUUCACUUUAUGAACUGAAAUGGGGAUUAAUUUAUUCUAGACCACAAAGCUGCUUUGGAAUGAUGAAGUGUAAAAGUAUACCUUAGAGAUUUUUUUUUUUUAAACAGAAUGUUCAGGGCAUCCGGAGGAAGGUGUGAGGCUGUGGGCAGGCCACCCCAAAGCAUGGAUGGCACACCCCAUGGAGGGUUAGAACAAAGCUAUGAGGGCCCUAGGAGCCAAAUACCUGGGCAGUGGGCCUCGGCCAGCUGGCCACACAGCCUGGCUGCACAGACAGCCAAAACUGUUGGCCCCUAGAACAUCACAGUUGUAAAACUCCGGGGUGGAUGGUAUCUGAUGGUGAGACAGACACCUCUAACUGCUAAACCAACAUCUGCAUUCUUGUUCACACCAAUCUCUCCUUGGCUGUUUUGUCAACCACAGUUGCAAACUUCAUCAUAGCUCAGAUUUUCUCAGCACUGAGGUAAACUUUACCUUGUCAUCCCAGUGUACGCUUUUGGUGUCUUAUUGAUCUUGUUGGCGCUGUAUUUGGACCUGUCCUUGUAAACGUAGAGACGUAUGUGGCUUCAUUGGUAAUUUACAAGUGAAAGAUGAUGUGAUACCUGUAUGAAAAUGUAAUGAUUGAACUCGCUGUGUACAGCACGUGACGUAAGAUGUCUGCCUCUCGAGGCAUUUCUUGAUGACUCCACUUAACAGAUUCUAUAUGUGCUGAAUGUCCCUGUGUACUUACGUGUGUUAAAUAAAACUGAAUUGUACUGAA